UUGGCAGUGGUACUAUUUUGGGUUUGAUCCAAAAUAAAGAGAAUUUCUCUUUUGAUUGUAAAGAAUGAAGAAAAGUAAGUUCAGUAGAAUUUGUGUGUUUUGUGGGAGCAACACAGGCAACAGAACUGUCUUCAGUGAUGCUGCUCUUGAAUUAGGCCAUGAACUGGUGAAAAGAGGAUUGAAUUUGGUUUAUGGAGGUGGAAGUGUGGGACUGAUGGGUUUAAUAGCUCAAACUGUUUAUGCUGGAGGAUGUAAUGUUCUUGGGGUCAUACCAACAGCUCUAAUGCCUUUAGAGAUAUCUGGCCAAUCUGUUGGUGAAGUGAAACCAGUUUCUGAUAUGCAUGAAAGAAAAGCCGAAAUGGCUAGACAAUCCGAUGCAUUUAUCGCUCUUCCGGGAGGAUAUGGAACAAUGGAAGAGUUAUUAGAGGUGAUAACAUGGGCACAACUUGGUAUUCAUGAUAAACCAGUUGGUUUGUUAAAUGUGGAUGGUUAUUAUAAUUUCUUGCUGGCAUUAUUCGAUAAUGGCGUCGAAGAAGGUUUUAUCAAACCAAGUGCAAGAAAAAUAGUUGUUUCUGCUGCAACAGCAAAGGAACUUUUGAUUAAAAUGGAGGAAUACACACCAUUGCAUGAAAGAGUUGCUCCAAGCACGAGUUGGGAGAUUGAGCAUUUAGAUUACUGAAUGUCAGAAAUUUAUCUCAAGUUUUUUUCUUUUUCAUUUCAUUUUGAUUUUU